GCAAUUUGUAAAUAAUAUCGGUACGCAUAUACCUAACUGCGUUUAAUUCGUAAUAGGUUUCAAGUAAACGGGUUAAAAAAAAAUGAAACUUAGUUCUUCAAUUUCUAUCUUAGGAGCUGUGCUAGUUCUGGUGGCGGAAUCCAAAAGUAUAACUGAUACCGAAAAAGUCAUUUAUUGUUACUUCGAAAGCUGGACUGUUUAUAGACCAGGAAAUGGCAAAUUUGACGUAGAAAGCAUCGACCCUAGCCUAUGCACUCACAUUGCCUUCACUUUCAUUGGUCUAAACGAAGACGGUUCUAUUGCAAUCCUAGAUCCAUGGGAAUCUAAUCCGGAUGGUUUAAAUGGUUUCAAUAGGUUCAUAGCUCUAAAGCGAAAAAACCCAAACCUCAAAGCCCUAAUCUCUUUGGGAGGCUGGAACGAAGGUUCACUGAAGUACUCAUUAGUAUUGGCUGAUGCCUCCAAAAGGGCAGUUUUAGUCAAGGAAGUCGUAGCCUUUAUUGUUAAAUAUGGUUUUGAUGGUUUCGACUUUGACUGGGAAUAUCCUGCUAGAAGGGAUAGUACGAAUCCAGAUGAUAAAGCCAACUUUGUCCUUAUUUUGCAAGAGCUCAAGGCUGCCUUUGCUCCUAGGAAUUUGAUUUUGUCAGCUGCUGUUAACUGUGCCAAAGAAAACGUCGAUGUGUCUUAUGACGUUCCUGCUUUAUCAGAGCUUUUGGACCACAUCAAUGUAAUGUGCUACGAUUUCCAUGGAGAUUUCGACAACUAUGUCGGUCACCACUCUCUCCUUUACAGCUCCGAAAUUGAUAGCAAAUACAACAAAUCUGAAUGGAAUAUUGACAGUGGAAUCAAAUAUUGGAUUCAAUCCGGGGCUGAUCCAGCUAAACUCAACUUUGGUAUUGCAACUUAUGCCAGAACCUUCACCUUACGUGAUGCUACUGAAACUGGACUUUACGCUGACAUUACUGGAGGUGGUACCCCAGGACCUUACACUAGAAUGACUGGAGUUUUAGGAUACAAUGAAAUUUGUGAACUUUAUCCAAGUCGUGAAGACAUCUGGGACGAAGUUCAGCAAGUGGCUCAUUUUGUGAUUGGAAAUCAAUGGAUCGGAUACGAAAACAAAAAGUCGAUAGAAGUGAAAGUUGAUUAUGCCCUGGAGAAAAGUCUGGGAGGUUUUAUGGUUUGGAGUUUUGAUACUGACGAUUUCACUGGACUCUGUGGGGAAGGAUCUUAUCCAUUACUGAAGACUAUUCAUAACAAAUUAACUGUAAAUGGUUAUAAACUGAAGACUAAUAAAAAAUUGUAUUAGCUUAGACUGGAGUUGUGUUAUUUUUUUAGUGAAACUGUAGAUUUUUUUUUCUUUUAGGUUACUUCUUCAAAUAAUCGGAACUUCUCCUAAUAAUGAAAAUUUGAAAAAUUUAUUUUGCAUUGACAUUUGAAUGAAUAGUGUUUUGAAAAUUUCGAAGCGAAAAAUAUU